GAGAAGUACAAAGCCAAUGCCGGGACACUGCCGCUAGACCCGUCGGUGCUCCUUGACCCCCUCAUCCUACUCCUCUUUCGCCCGCCUUCCGCCUCAUCGUAGCAACCUCUUCCGUGCAUGUUCAUGGAUUCCGCUAGCAGGAAGAAGAAGGUUGAUGAUGUGACAGAUGCCCAAAUGGAGAUGGACCCUCAUGGCAUGCACUCCUCGCGAAAUGACAAGCAAUCCACUGAAUCCAUGCACAUCCCCAACGACUACCCUGUAGGGGCACGAAAGCUUGACCGUGCAGUAGAGAUCAUUGACCUCAACUCUUCGCCACCCAUGGUCGGCGAGGAGGAGGAGGUCAUGGAUAUCCUCAACGACUACCCUGGAGCAUCGUUGAGACUAGUCAAUGAAGUUGACAUUAUAGAUGUGGAUGAUUCUCCCACAACCAUUGAGGAGGGUGUGGCAUCAUCAAAUGAGAUGUCGUUAACGAAUUUUGAGCAACCCGCGGCUCCCAUCCAAGACGAAGAGUCACCCAUGCAUUUCGAUGACUUCCCAGAGGUUCCAGCAUCUUUCAACUUCCUCAUGGGUGGUUCAGGGGAUGCUCGACCUCCUCCACACGGCCGUCAAACGACAUCAUUCUCUGCGCGGAACUCGAAGAUCCAUGGACGCUGAAUAUCUUGUCGUCGGUGGUGAACACCUGGACGUGCUCCUAUCAUGAAAGGAAUGGACAAUAAUUUUAAUAAAAUUGAGGAGUCUAACUGCUCUAUUCUAUGUCUGCAAGAAAGUAAGAGGGAGUAUUUUGAUAGCUCAGAUAUUAAGAAUUUCUUUCCCAGAAGAUUUUCCAAAUUAGUAUUUCUUCCUUCCAUUGGGCCUUCUAGGGACAAGUUGUAGCUUGGAAUGAACAAA